GACAAAUUUACUUGACAAUUCAGGUAACCAUUACGUCAGACUUGUCAAGCAAAGAAGCACUUGUUGCGAUCGAAUAGUAGUAUAUUUGAAAGAAAAAUAAAAAAGAGUUAAAUAAAUAAAAAUCAACCGUAGUAAAUAAUUUAUAAAUAUAUAUAAUUAAAGUAGUGAUGUACGGCACGAUUCAAAUCGCCAUUUCAGUUAUGUCAGAGAAGAAAAUAGACGGUGUUGACAAAGAUGGCGGAUCUUAAAUGCACCGAGUGUUUGUGUCUUAUUCAGUUUUGAUGAAGUGAAGAAGGAAGAUAAACAAGAUUGGCGAUGAGUGCAACCGAAUCUUCCACAGAUAUGUCGAGUGAUAGCGAUGGAAGUUACUUUUACAAGACCGGAUCAUGGAAAGUUGACAGACUUAGAGCUGUUGAUAUGAUACCUCUUUUGCAAGAAAAAAUAGCAAUUCUUUCAGGGGGAAGAGACAGACGUGGAGGACCAGUUUUGACGUUUCCUGCUCGUACUCGUCCAGAAAGGUUAAAAAUAGAAGAUUUGAGACAUUUGCUAAUAUAUUUGGCAAAUAUACCAUGUGAAGAAGUUAAAGAAUUGGGAUUUUCUGUUGUAAUUGAUAUGAGAGGAACAACAUGGAAUACAGUUAAGCCAAUACUCAAAGUACUUCAGGAAAAUUUUCCAGCUAAAAUUCAUACUGCAUAUAUUAUCAAGCCUGAGAAUUUUUGGCAAAAACACCGAACUAGCUUAGGUAGUGCCAAAUAUAAAUUUGAGACUUGUAUGAUAUCAAUGGAAAUCCUCUCCAAAUACAUUGAUCCUACUCAGUUAACAAGUGAUCUAGACGGUACAUUAUCUUAUGACCAUAACUUAUGGAUAGAACUUAGAGUGGCCUUAGAAAAUUUUCUUUGGAAAGCUACUGAAGUUUUAGAUCAAACUGAAAAUUUGAAAGAAGAAUUAACAAGAAAUGAGUAUGCAGAUGAUAUUACUGGUGCAAAAUUAAUGAUUGAAGAUCAUAGUGGAAUGAAGAAGAGAGUUGUUCAAGUUCCAGUUGAAGAUAUUGAUUUAGAAGGUCAACAAGUUUUACAUAAAUUAAGUUAUGCAACAGUUGGUGGUAGUGGAGGAUCCUGUGAUUCUGGCUAUUCAAGUCGUGACAGUGCACCUGCAGGAAUUCCUGGUAAUGCAGAUUUCCAAAAUUCUAUACCACAAGUAAUGAGAUUAUUAGAAAAUAUACAUGUUUCUCGUCAACAUCUCCUCCAAUUUUGGCAUGUUCGAAAAGUGAAAUUAGAUCAAUGUUUGCAACUCAGAUUAUAUGAACAGGAUGCACAAAAGAUGUUUGAUUGGAUAUAUCAUAAUAGAGAUUUAUUCCUAAUUAAUUAUGUUGAAAUUGGCCACUCCUUUCAAGAAGCUAAAGAUCUUCAAGAAGAACAUAAUCACUUCACUAUGGCUUCAAUGAAUGUAUAUGUAAAUAUCAAUCGCAUUCUGACUGUAGCAACUAGACUCAUUGAAGGAGGCCAUUAUUCUUCAGCUACAAUUCAACAAAUUGCAGCUCGAUUAGAUAGAGCAUGGAAAGAAUUUGCAUCUGGUUUGGAUGAACGCACAACUGUGUUAGCUCUUUCUGUUUUGUUUCACCAAAAAGCUGAACAGUAUUUAGAUAAUGUUUCAACGUGGAGUCAAGCAUGUGAACUUGGUUCUUUACCUCGUGAAGUAACUGAUUUAGAAGAACUCAUUCAUCAACAUCAAACCCUUUAUGAAUCAAUGUGUCAGGCAUACACAGAAGUGCAUAGUACCAGUAAAAAACUUCUUUAUCAACUGGAUCAUCUAGUUCAAGUGUGCCAUCGACCAAAGGUGGAGGUACUUAAUGAAGGAAAAGUUUUAUUGGAAAAUCAUCAUUCAAAUAAUCACUACUGUAAUCCUGCAUCUGAUUAUUCUGAUGGUGCAAAGCAUGUUCUGUCAAUCAUUCAUGAGAUUUUAGGCCAUCACAGAACUUUAGAAUCUCUUUGGCAUGGAAAAAAAAUUAAAUUACAUCAGCGUCUUGCCCUCGGAUUGUUUCAAGAGGAUGUUCGUCAGGUACUAGAUUGGUUAGAAAAUCAUGGUGAAGUCUUUCUUAGGAAAAACACAGGUAUAGGUAAAAAUUUACAACGAGCUCGUGCCUUACAGAGAAGUCAUGAACAUUUUGAAAAUGUUGCACAGAACACUUACACCAAUGCUGAAAAACUUCUAGCUGCUGCAGAAGAAUUAGCCCAAACAGGAGAAUGUAAUGCUGAAGAAAUCUAUAGUGUUGCUCAGGAAUUAGAAGCACAUAUUACAAGUUUUGCUUCUAGAGUUGAGAGAAGACAUCAACAUUUACAUUUGGCAGUCAUGUUUUAUACUCAUGAAAAAGAAUUGUCUAAUUGGUUUGAUGAACUAAGACAAGAGUUACAGAGCAAUGAAAUAGCAGACACUGUUGAAGGAGCAGAACAAUUGUUAGAACAGUUCAGUAAACAGCGGGAUUCUACAAUUGAUGCUGCUGUAAGAACUAUUAAUGAAGGUGAUGCACUGCUUGAAGAGCUAAGAAAUGCUGGAAUUAUGUCAGAAACAGAUACUACAGGUUCUUAUGUUGCAAUACAUAAUUCUUUAGAAACACUUAGUCAGACAAGGGAAGAAUUAGAAGAUCUGUGGGCUACACGCAAACUUAAAUUAGAUAUGUGCUUACAAUUACGUUUAUUCGAAAGAGAUGCUUUAGAGAUAUCAUCCCAGCUUGAGUUAUGGGCAGAAGAAUUACAACAUAAUAAAAUUUCACAAGAUAUUCACGAAGCUGAACAAAUGUUGCAAAUUCAUAGUGAUAACGUUGGACAUAUGCAACAGACAACAUUUGAAGUGUUACAGAGAGGACAAGAGCUAUGUCAACUUUUUGAAACAUCAGGAAUCCAGUUAAUGGCAGAUAGUCAAUAUGAUGCACAUACAAGAGUCCAAGUGUUACUGGAAUUUCUUCAUGAAAGAGAAAUGGAUUUAGAAGAUAUUGCAGAAAUGAAAAGAAUUAAAUUGGAACAAUGUGUUCAUCUUUAUCAGUUUGAAAAUGAUGCAAAUCAAGUUGUAAGUUGGAUAAGAAAUGGAGAAGCAAUGCUGAGUGCAUCUUUUAUAAUACCAACAAUGCUUCAAGAGGCAGAACAGCUGCGUACAGAACAUGAACAGUUUCAAAUAGCCAUUGAAAAAACUCACAGUAAUGCUGUGCAAGUUCAGGAAAGAGCUGAAAGUUUGAUUCAAGGAAAUCAUUAUGAGCCAAAUACUAUACAUACUAUUGCUGAGGAAGUAAAUACUAGAUGGCAUCAACUUAUGACUCAUGCAGAAGAUCGCCAUAAAUUAGUUAUGGCAUCAUUAAAUUUUUAUAAAACAGCUGAACAGAUAUGUUCAGUGUUAGAUAGUUUAGAACGAGAAUAUAGACGUGAUGAAGAUUGGUGUGGAGGUGGAGGAGGAACUCCUGGAGGAGAAGGAUCUUCGCAAGAAUGCCAUGACAAAGUGACCUUAGUUUCUCAAUUAGUAACAAAACAUCAAGAACAAAAGGAAGCCUUUCUUAAAGCGUGUACAUUAGCUCGCAGAACUGCAGAAACAUUCUUAAAAUAUGCUGCUCGUUGUGUUCAAUAUUAUACAUCACAUGGAGAAUCCAAACUCAGAAUUCCAGAAGCAAAAGUAAAAGGCAUAUUAGAUCAACUCCUCAAACAAGAAAAUAAAGUACUUGAAUUCUGGACUAUUAGAAAGAAAAGAUUGGAUCAGUGCCAACAGUAUGUUCUAUUUGAACGUAGUGCAAGACAGGCUUUGGAAUGGAUAAGAGAGAUUGGAGAGCAUUAUUUAUCUAGUAGAAAUACAUUAGGAGAGAAUGCAAAAGAAACAGAAGCUCUGUUAACAGAACAUAAUGAAUUUAAAGGAAAUGCUAAGGAAACUCGAGAGAAAGUACGUUUGUUACUUCAGUUGGCCGAUAGUCUUGUAGAAAGAGGACAUGCUCAUGCAGCUUCCAUUAAAAAAUGGGUUGCUGCAGUAGAUCAGAAAUACAAAGACUUCAGUACUCGUAUGGAUUUGUAUCGUGCUCAGUUGGAACAAAAAUUAGGGCUUCAGUCAGAAGGUGAAAGCAGGGAUUUAUCAUUAGAUCGUAAUAGUGAUCCUUCUCUUGAUGCUAAAGUAAAAGAAGUUACAGUAAAGGAGCUAAAUGAAGAGAAGAGAAAAUCUGCUAGAAGAAAAGAAUUUAUUAUGGCCGAAUUAUUACAGACAGAAAGAUCUUAUGUAAAAGAUUUAGAAACAUGUAUUAAUACUUAUCUGGCUGAUAUGAAGAACAUAGAACGUGAUAUACCAAUUGGUAUAGCUGGGAAACAUAACAUUCUGUUUGGAAAUAUGGAAGAAAUAUAUGAUUUUCAUAACAGCAUAUUUUUGAAAGAGCUAGAAAAAUAUGAAACUAUGCCUGAAGAUGUUGGCCAUUGUUUUGUUACUUGGGAACAAAAGUUUGAGAUUUAUGUUAAAUAUUGUAAAAAUAAGCCUGAAUCUAAUUCUUUAUUAGUACAACAUGCUGGUACAUUUUUUGAGGAAAUUCAACACAUUCAUAAUGUUCCUCAUCCAAUUGCUGCCUAUUUGAUAAAACCUGUGCAGAGAAUUACUAAAUAUCAAUUACUUUUGAAAGAUUUAUUAUCAUGCUGUGAAGAAGGACAUGGUGAAAUUAAGGAUGGUUUGGAAGUAAUGUUAAAUGUUCCUAAAAAAGCCAAUGAUGCUAUGCACUUGAGUAUGCUGGAUGGAUGUGAUGUAACUUUAGAUCUGCUUGGUGAAGUUAUACUUCAAGAUAGUUUUCAAGUUUUAGAACCAAAAUCUCUUAUUCGCAAAGGACGUGAACGACAUAUAUUUUUGUUUGAACUUUAUCUUUUAUUUAGUAAAGAAGUCAAAGAUUCAAAUGGAAAAGCAAAGUAUCUAUAUAAAUUAAAAUUAUUGACAUCUGAAAUUGGUAUUACUGAACAUGUUGAAGGUGAUGAAUGUAAAUUUGCUGUUUGGACUGGAAGAACACCACUUCCAGAAAAUAAGAUUAUUCUUAAAGCUUCAUCAUUAGAAACCAAGCAAAUGUGGGUGAAGAAAUUAAGAGAAGUAAUACAAGAAACAUAUUUCAGUAGUGCUCUAUCCACACUUAAUUUAACAUCUAAAUCAUCCGUUAAAUUAACCUGCAAAACAUCUAGUAACAGAUCUAGCAGAGAUUUGGAAGAUUCCUCAAUGGAUGAAGGAAGUGCAGAUUUUCAGGAGAGAAGUUCAAUUGCAUCCUUUGGUUCAAGCAAUACUACUGAUAGUGAAAAGGGUGUAGGUGAUAUAGUGACAGUCAUUGAAGACUAUGCAGCUUCUCCUGCAUCUCAAGAACUAAGUGUUCGUGCAGGUCAACAGGUAGAAUUGGUUGAAAGUAUAACCCCAAAUGUGGAUUGGUGCUUUGUAAGAAUUGUUUCUACAGACAGUAACCAUAACACUCCAUCUGAAGGUUUGGUUCCAAUUUCUUGUUUGAAACUGCCAUCAAAUAUGAAAAAUUCAUCAUCUAAAACAAGUGUAGAAAACGAAGAUUCAGUUUUAUCAUGUGAUGUGAGUCCCAGUAAUUCAUAUCCUCCUCUUCUUCCUUCAUUACCAGUAACAAAAAGACGAGGGACUUUUCGUUUAGGUUUGAUGGAAUGUGGCAACAUUACAUAUGGACCAUCUGUCAAGGGGGGUGCUCUCAGGGAAACUUUCUUUGGGAAAUUUGACCCUGCUAAGGACGUUAGACAUGUGAAGAAAAUCCAAAAAAUUCCACUUGGUCAGUAUGUUGAUAAGUUGUUGAGUAGCAAGGAGGAUAUGGGAAAUAAAUCAUCACUGCCUGGACAGUCUAUUAAACAACCAACAGAUGAACCUUUCAAUGAGAAAUUGACAAUAAAAUCAACUCGUCUUCUACAAAAGUCUCAGUCAUUAGAUUUAACAGCUGGAAAUAUUGCAGAGGAAGAUGAUGUUUGUGACGUGGAAAUACCGCCACCGAUGAAAAUACAAGAUCAUACAUUCACACAAGUUCAACAACCAAUUUUGGAAAAAUGUAGUGAAAAGGGGUCAAUUCCACUAAUUUUGCAAGCACCAGAAGGAGCUUCUUCGGCAGAUAUGGCUUCAGAAAUUGAACAAAUUGUGAAAGAGAGAAUGGAACAGCACAUUGAAAAUACUGAACUUCCUUCAAAUAAUAAACCUACAGAUCCAGAAGUAAGACAAGCUGAUGAAAAUGAAGGAUCAUUUAAAAGUGAUGAUAAAAAACUUAAUUCUGCAGAAACAAAUAUAGAGUUUGAGAAAGAGAAAGCACUACAAAAAAGACAAUUUGUUCUGCAAGAGUUAGUGGAAACAGAAAAGGAUUAUGUUAGAGAUCUAGGAAAUGUUGUUGAGGGCUAUAUGGAAUAUAUGAAGUCUUCAGAUUCUGCCGUUCCUGAAGAUUUAAAGAAUGGUAAAGAUAAAAUUAUCUUUGGGAACAUAGAAGCUAUAUAUGAAUGGCAUCGAGAUUUCUUUCUGGCUGAGUUGGAAAAAUGUCUUGAUGAGCCAGAUCAUUUAGGAUUAUUAUUUCGUCGUUACGAACGUCGAUUAAAUAUGUAUGUAGUAUAUUGCCAAAAUAAACCAAAGUCCGAAUACAUUGUUUCAGAAUAUGUUGAAACGUUCUUUGAGGAGUUAAGACAGAAGUUUGGUCAUAAGUUACAAUUGCCUGAUUUGCUCAUUAAGCCAGUACAACGUAUUAUGAAAUAUCAAUUGCUGCUCAAGGAUAUACUGAAAUAUACAGAAAAGGCAGGUUUGAAGGAUGAAGCACAAAAUUUGAGAAAAGCCGUCCAUAUAAUGCAUAUUGUACCUAAAGCUGCAAAUGAUAUGAUGAAUGUUGGUAGAUUACAAGGCUUUGAUGGAAAGAUUACAGCUCAGGGUAAACUUCUAUUACAAGGUAUACUUCAAGUCAGUGAUGCCAGCACAGGUGGUAAAAUGAAAGAACGUCAAGUUUUCCUAUUUGAGCAAAUCAUUAUUUUUAGUGAAGCUGUUGGCCAAAAAACCCAAUUUUCUAAUCCUGUCUAUAUUUAUAAAAAUCAUCUUCAGGUUAACAAAAUGUCACUAGGAGAAGAAACUGAUGAUGAUGAUUGCAAAUUUGUAUUAAAAUCUAAAGAUCCAAUGCAAGAAGGACUUAAAUUUAUUGUACAGUGUCCAUCUCAGGAAAUAAAGAAUGAAUGGGUUGAUAAAAUUCGCAAUAUCUUAGAUACUCAAUUAGAUUUUUUAAGAGCUCUUCAGUCACCUAUUGCUUAUCAAAAGGAAUUAACCAAAGAUAUGUCUGCACCAGAACUUGGAUGUUUAUGGAACCCUUCGUUGCGAAAAACUCUUUCUCAUCCUGCUGCAGCUCAUCAUAAAACUGGUAAAUCUAUUAGCACUGAUUUAAUUGGUUAUUCCACCACAUCAAAGUCUCUGCGACAGCCUAAUCGUGAUAAGAAAAUUCGAUCUCAAGAAGUUUCUAUAAACGAACUUAAAAAAGUGCCCAGUUCAGCGAAUUCUCUUAGAUGUAAUGAACAGGAAUCAUCAGUUUCUACAUCUGAGAAAAUUCCUGAAUCUUCAGCUCUAAUAACUCAUGGAAAUUAUAAUUCUGUUAAUAUUGCUGAUAAUCAAAGGAAACAUUCUUUUCCACUUGAGAGAAGAUCUAAUCAGUCGCAAUUAAGUCCUCCAAAAGGGAAAAGAAACUUUUUUGAAGGUUUUCGUAAUACACUACGUUCAAAAUCAAAAGUGGAUACAAAUGUUAGUAAUACAAAUGGUGGUACAAAUGUUUCUUUAUGUUCAAGUCAUAGUUUAGAUUCGGCGUCUACCACUACUCGUUCAGACUAUAAGCAAGAAUUAGAAGUCGCAAAAGAAUCGGGUGUUGCCAGGAGGUGGUCCGAAACUCAUUCUCCUCAUUCUGUGCGGCCAAGUUCUGUUUCGAAUGUAUUAGAUUCAUCAACACAUUAACAGAUCCUACGAAUGGCAGAUUGUUUCUUUAUUCAAAGUUAUCGAAACAUUUUUAUUAUUCAUCGGAACUCGUGGAAGCUCUUCCAUUACAUGGUGGUAAACUUACUCCUUGUACUCAUUGUGAUAUUUUGUCUGUCACGUGUUCAAGUGUAUCACUUGGGAUAACGUGUCAUUAAUACCGCCACCAAGUCAAAUGCAUGAUCUUGCUCAGUGCACCCAGACCUCUAGCUUUAUGAACUUGGUGUCAUUUGCCAUAGAGCAGUUUGCACUAACUGCAAAACUAUGCAUCCAACAUUCAUUGGAAUUAUUGUAAAUAUAUGUGUAUAUAUACCUAUACAGUAUAUAAAUAUAUAUAUUGGUCCAAAGUGACCUUCUGUAGACGAGUGUAACUGCCUUGUGCAUUGAACAUUGAAAAGAAAAUAAAGAAUUGCGUUGAUGUACGAUGACAUUUUAAUGAGUGCCAUAAAAUAAUUUCAUAUUAUAAAAUUAUGUUAUAUUAUGUUCAUAAAGGAAAACUGUUUGAAGUCAAAUUUCGCUAAUCUGAAGUUUUGUAAAAUAAAAUAUAUAAAUCCAGUUCAAAAUUAUGCAAAAGUGUGUUUAGUUAUGUUU